UAAAAAGUGAAACUAAAGACGUUUCCUCGCUUGCUUGUUAUAGAAGCUGGUAGUUUUAUUCGGACAGAUCCUCUUUGGAGUGGGAAGGCCGACAUCCAUUACGUGAAUUCUGCAACAACUUUUGGUAAAAGCUGGUGGGUUUUAUAAGAAAUGGCAGAACCCUUCUCAACACCACCAAAAUGCAGACAUAAAAGAGGCAGUAUUGAUUUGCCGCCAUUUAUGGAUCUCUGCAGCAUUCCUCUUCAGACUGAGGAACACAAGUGUCCAGUAUGUCUGGAUGUGUUCAUAGAUCCAGUUUCCACUCCAUGUGGACACAACUUCUGCAAGAGCUGUCUGAAACAAUGCUGGGACAACAGUCAGGAUUGCAAAUGCCCUUAUUGUAAAGAAACAUUCAGCAAAAUACCUGAAUUAAAGAGCAACACAGUUCUUAGAGAAAUUGUGCAACUCCUUGAGAAAAACACAACAGCCCAGUUAUGCGUCAGCGGUCCAUUAUCUGAGGAGCUCCACUGUUCCAUCUGUUUGGAUCUAUUCAGUGAUCCGGUCACCACUCCAUGUGGACACAACUUCUGUAAGACCUGCCUGGAAAUGUUCUGGGACAUCAGUCAGAAAUGCACCUGCCCAUUUUGUAAAGAAACAUUCAACACAUGUCCUGAUCUAAGGUGCAACACAGCUCUUAGAGAGAUUGUGCAACUCUUUGAGAAAAACACAGGCUACAAAAGGGAACCCGUGACGACAGAAUAUUCACAACCAUUAGAAACGGAGGACCAAGAAGAGACUCUGUGCAAACCUUCAGUAACGGCUUCCUCAAGCAGUGUCCUGACAGAAAACCCUCAGUGUUUAAUUUGUCUGGAGCUGUCCACUGAUCCCAUGAUGACCCCAUGUGGACAUAACUUCUGUAAGGCCUGCCUGAAGGAAUGCUGGGAAAGCAGUCAUGAUAACACAUGUCCAUGCUGCAAAGAAAAUUUCACCAAGAGAGUGGAUCUUAGACACUGUGAGCAUCUGUUGUCUCAGUCUGAAAUCCUGAUGUGGCAGAGCUCUUACCUGGAGCCUCAUGAGAAAGUCAUAAACAUAAAGCAAGUCAUGAUGCUUGACCUUGUGGAGGAUAUCAAUCCUAAAAUAAUCCAGAAAUAUAACAGAGCUCUGGAGAUGUUCUGUGGAGAUGAUCAGACAUCUGUGUGUCAGUCCUGCACUGAGGGAGACCACAAGACUCACAACACAGUUCUUGUAGAAGACAAGAGUAAAGAGAAGAAGACUCAGGAGAUGAAGACGCACAAGCUUGUGCAGCAGAUGAUCCAGGACACAAUGAAGAUAGAUCAAGAAAUCAAACACUCAGAAAUAAAAAUGAGCAAAAAAAAUGAAGAGAAAGAGAAAGCAGGCAACAUUGAGCUCUGUGCUGAUCUGAAUUACUCCAUUGAGAAAUGUCAGAUGACACUUUUUGAGCACUGGGCGAAGACCAGGAUGUAAUUUGUCAUUUCUGCUUUCAUCCUCUUGUAUCUACAGGAUGUUGCCUUUGCCUGUUAAUAUAUUUAGAAAAAUUCAAAUGAUAUAACAUAAUUUAAU